AUGGAUUACAUGCCACGAACAAGAAAACUUUUAAAAUUUAUGGGUUUUGUGCCACCCAAUCGUGCUGUUACAACUUAUUUUCUAAGUCAAACAAUUCAGCAAGUUAUGCUAAUUUAUUUCCUACUUGGUGGUAUAACAUACACCAUUCAAACCAUUGAGGAGUCGAAAAUUCAAGUACUAACAAAGAUAGAAACGAGCUUGGUCCUAUUUAUUUUAGUAACUCUUUAUUAUGGUUACUUAUCACUUUAUUACAUCAAAAACGAUGUCGAAAUCGUUUUUGACAAAAUAAAUUCAAUGAAUGAAUUUGGCCAUCUUGAAAAAGCUAGUCGUAAACACGAAUUAAUCGAUUACAUUAAUGUUUUCAUGGUCGGAUUUUGUGGAUUUGGAGGUUUUCUUAUAUGUACAGUUACAGUGUUUGAUAUGAAAAAUUGUAAAAAAUAUAAUUUGGAACAUGACACGACGAUUUUAUGUGGAUUCACUGUGGGGUUUAAAUAUCCUUACGAUAUUUGCUGUGGAUUUUUGUAUUAUUUUCAUUGGGUAUUUCAAUUUUUAGUCACGAUUUUACUUACUACUAAAGGUACGGUUUUUGUUGGAUCAGGAUUUUCUUUCUAUAUGGCGAUUAUAUCGCGUUGCGAAGAUUUAUGUGACCAAUUACGUAAGUUUAACACUUACGAUGAUUUUAAUGACAGGAGAAAGUGUUUACAUCAUUGCAUUUACUAUCAUAUACGAAUUAUUGAACUUGCAGAUUAUAUUAAUGGGUGUUUUUCUUGGGUUACCUUCCCAUGCAUUGUCAGCCAUAACAUAGUUAUUGGGGUUGGAUGUAUGGGGAUGAUGACUGGAAUUUCAGUUUUAUCUUUUUUACCGACUAUAACUUGGAUUGGAGCUUUGUUUUUUGCUUGUUAUCUAGGUGAACAGGUUAUGCAGGCGAGCACUGAAAUAGCAGUCGUUGCUUAUGAGCUGGAUUGGUACAAAGAUACAAAGUUAAGGAGGGAUAUCUUAAUGAUGAUUUUGAGGGCGCAAAAACCCAUCAGAUUGAAAUGCGGAAAUUUCGGAGAAUUAUCAAUGGUCACAUUCAAAAAAAUAAUGCAGAGUGCUUAUGCUUAUGCUACAAUGCAAGCAAACAAUACUUAA